AUGGAUGACAAGACCGCCUCGGCGGUCGACAAAAGUAUAGAAGCAGAUGAGCCGUACAAGGGUGGAUUUGAGAAACAAGCACAAGAUGUCGCUCAAGAAACUGAGAGCGCAGAAUCACCGGGCUCUCAACCCAACAAAGCUGAAUAUGUCAAGGGACAUCCCGUCAUUCGAAAUGGUGCUGAUGUAUCCGAGUUUAUCGUCUCUGUGAGAGAUGACGGUGAUCCUGCACUGACCUGUAGAUCGAUUGUCCUGGGAUCAGCGUUCACCGCGUUUUCGAGCGUGAUCACGAUGCUUUAUACUUUUAAGCCCACGCAGAUGCAAGUGUCUGCAAUCUUCAUACAGCUACUGGUGUAUGUGGUUGGUCAGGCGUGGGCUCUGUUUACUCCGCGCCCAGACAGAUUCCGCUGGAAAUGGCUGCAACGCACACUCGAAUUCCUGAACUUCGGACAACCUUUCGGCAUCAAAGAGCAUGUCGUUGCCUCUCUUAUUGCUUCAUCGGGUAACAAUGGUCUUUCCGGAGUGGAAGUGUACGCCGUCGAGCGCCUGUUCUACAAUAUCAGCGUGUCGGCGACGACCGCAGUGCUGGGAACCUUCUCCAUCUCACUUUGUGGCUUUGUGCUCGCUGGCCUCCUUCGACCGCUGAUUGUCUACCCAGCGGAAAUGGUCUACUGGACMACGCUUCCACAGGUGGUGCUCUUUCAGAAUCUCCAUUUCGACCAACGUGCCAACCGGGGCCGGUUGAUCAAGUUCGGAUGGGCUCUAGGACUUGCUGCCGUCUGGGAGAUCUUUCCUGCGUAUAUUAUAACCUGGUUCGGGGGCUUCUCGAUCUUCUGCCUGGCCUCGAUGAACGCUCCUCAGCAUACGCGGAAGAUCUUUUCGAAAGUGUUUGGGGGAGCGUCAGCUAAUGAAGGCCUGGGUCUGUUGAACUUCGGCUUCGAUUGGCAGUAUAUUCAGAGCACCUAUCUGUCACUGCCACUGAAACAGCAGCUCAACAGCUGGAUCGGCUAUGCGAUCCUUUAUCCUGUGAUGUUGGGUCUCUACUACGGGAAUACAUGGAGCGCAAAGUCCUUCCCAUUCAUGUCAACCUCUCUGUUUAACAGCAAUGGCAAGCAAUUCUCCACCACUUCCAUCCUCACGGAUAAAGGCACAAUCGACUACAACAAGCUAAAGGAAGUGGGAAUCCCCUAUCUCACCUCCAGCACCGUCUGGGGCUACCUCACGCAGAAUCUCGCCAUUGGCGCGCUCAUCACCCACGUCCUCAUCUUCUACGGCAAGGACAUGUACAUUGCCUGGAAGCAGGCGCGCAAUCGAACACAGCCCGACCCACACUACCAGGCAAUGCUCAAGUACAAGGAAGUCCCAAUGUGGUGGUACCUCGCCUUGUUCGUCCUCGCCUUCUUCGCAGGCCUCAUCGUGAACAUCAAGGGCGAAACGACCCUCCCCGCAUGGGGCUACAUCGUCGCCCUCCUCCUCGGCGCAUUCAUCGCCCCAUUCUCCUGUAUCCUGUACGGGCUCUACGGCACCGGUGUCGCAACCAACCAGCUCUCGAAAAUGGUCGCGGGCGCAGUCCACCCGGGCCGCCCCUUGGCAAACCUCUAUUUCGCCAGCUGGUCCCACCAGGUCAUCCUGCUCUCCGUGAACCUCGCCAACUGGCUCAAGGUAGGCCAGUACACCAAGAUCCCGCACCGCAUCAUGUUCGCCACCCAGGUCUACGGCACCCUCCUCGGCGCAGGCCUCAACUACGCCGUCAUGACCACCAUCGUCUCCAAUCAGCGCGAUAUCCUCCUCGACCCCGCAGGAAACAGCGUCUGGAGCGGGUCAACCGUGCAGAGUUUAAACUCGCAAGCUAUCACCUGGGCGCUCGCCCGAGACGUCUACGGCGUGAACGGCCGGUAUCUCAUCGUCCCACUAGGUCUGCUCAUCGGGCUUGCCUUGCCGGUUUUGCACUGGGGGCUUAACAGGGUCAUUCCCCGGAUGCGGUCCUGGCCGCUAAAUACCGCAAUGAUUGUUUCAUUCGCCGGGGCGCAGAAUUAUUACGGCAUCACGUCGUGGAUCUGGUCGUCCAUUGCGGUGGGGGUGUUCUCGCAGGUGUGGCUUCGGCGGCGGCUGCCGCGCAUUUACAAUGAGUAUAACUACCUCAUUGGGGCGGCGUUGGACGGGGGGUCACAGAUUGUGAUUUUUAUUCUCUCGUUUGCGGUGUUUGGGGCCAGUGGGCAGGAACAUCCGUUUCCGACGUGGUGGGGGAAUCCGGCUGGGAAUCCAGAUCAUUGUAUUUAG